UUAUUAUUUGCUAAUAAUGUGUAACAUUCCACAUCGCUUCUCCCAAUAUAUCCCCACAUUUUAACUAUUUCACCAUAGUUGUUGAAAAAUCAACGUUUUGAUACUGGGAAUGUCGUUCAUAUACAUGCAUGUAUAUGGUCAACAUCAUUUCUUCCUUUGUGAAGAGUGUAUCAACUUCUCUAAGAAAUUUUCAUCGGAUUUUUUAAACUAGCUAUCUGACAUAAAUGUAAGCAUAUGCUAGAUUUUACACAUAAGUUAUAUCCUUUAAUUGGGUUAACUAAAUGAGGUUUAUGUACUUGCACUUUAUCGUUAGACACCUUCAUAGUUUAUACUUUCAAGUAUGAUUUGUUUGAAAUUAUUCUUGGCGCUGUCAUUGUUCAUAUUAUUGUUGUCUUGCAACCCCCACUUGUUUGUCAUUGCCACCUUUAUUAGUUUGUGCAUCUUUGGUCGGUCCAAGUUGACCGUUGAUUUUGCUGAGAGUCCAUAUUAGAUUUAAAUCUUUCUCUCUAAACCAUUUCUACUUAUUUUUCUGCUUAGAAUUCCAAUCGUUUCACUUUUCUAUCCGUUCCAAAUGUCCAAAAAUUCCUUGUAAACACUUUGUUCUUCCUAAUUUCAAAUGUUUAUUGGAGUUACCAACGAUAGUCCUCACUUUGUGACGUUAGACAGCGAAUGCUAAACCAACAAUAAAAGGGUUAGAGGUGGUCUGACCCACAGUACAAGGCCUUAAUUUUUUUGAGCCUCAGCUCGGAGGCGGAGCCAGCGCCAACGUGGGCCCUUAUAAGCGGGGCGGAUUAAUUGCCAGCUCAACAUAAGCCCGGGGCGGAGCAAGAGGCAAACUGGGCCUCAUCAGCUCAACACGAAAUUAUGAUUUAAUCUAACAACUAAUGCCUUUAACGACUCUCUUCUUCUCUUUUCCCAAAAUUUCUCAAUUUUCCAAAAUCAUCCAACGCCUAAAUAUUAAAUAUUCACUCAUCCCUACUAUUGAGGCUCCUAAUCAACUUGUUUUAAAUUCUAACAUUUUUUUUCUUUUGUAGGGAACUUAAUCUCAAUUGAAAAUUUUGGAAUAUUUAGGCGUUGGAUGAUUUUGGGAAAUUGAGAAAUUUUUUAGAUACUAGCGGCCGAUUUUGAUGGCGAUUCAAAAAUUAGAAGUAGAGCUAAAUUUUUGACGUAAAAUGAACUUCGGUGGUUUUGAGUUUAUUGUUUCAUUAGAUAUUUGGUAUGAGAUAUUGCACUCCACAAAUUCGGUUAGUAAACAUUCACAAGCCAAAGAUAUGCUAUUUUAGAAAUAGAUAGAUUGAUUUCGUUUUCAAAAGUUAUAGAGAAGAUGGACGGGCUAGUAGAGGAUUUUAUUUCAAAAAAUACUAGAUGAUUGUUACUUUUUGAACAAUGAUAGAUAAUAUUAUUAUUUUUCUAAUUAUUUCUGAAAUCAUGUAAUUUAUAUGAUUAUUUCAUAAAUUUUAUUUUUAACAAAUUUUUUAGAAAAAUUUUUGGGCCACAUAUUAAAUUAUCGAACAGGGUCUAUAAAUAUUAUGGGACCAUGAUAGUUAUAACAAGCAUGUGAAAUGGAAUGAGGCAUAUAUAGAUUAAUUAUGAAUGAGAUUCAAACUAACAAAUAUUUUAUAAGAUUUUGGGGGUUGGAAGAAUACAUCUAAAGAAAUCUUGUGAUAACUAAAAAAGUUAUAUAUUAAUGCGAGAGCCCAACUGAGAACUUUGCAUAGUACAAGGACUAAAAUGUGCUUAACAAAAAAAGAUAUGUCUCUCUCUUCUCUCUCUCUAACGGAAAACUCCGCUGUUCAGCCUAACGGCUCUUUUACCGUCGCCGCUGGGACUCUUCCAGCUCACCAUGAGAGCACUCUGUUCACCCCUCUACCACCCAGCCAAGCUGGAGGAAGAUGCAGCACAUCAAUCACAGGGACAACUCAAAAGGUGAAUGGACUGGGCAGGGGGGCUGCAGAUGGAAGAAAGGAAAAAAGGAGAUGGAAGCCACCAGAAUAUCCGAAAUCAGCCUUCCAAUAUCAGAGAAGGAGGAAGAGAGGAAGAGUACAAAGGAAUAGCAGUGCUAAAGGAGACUAUCCGGGAAUAGCCAAAAGCAAUAAAUGGAAGGGAGUCUUAUACCUUGAGCCAAGUGCAGCCGAGCUAGCAAUGGAAGGGCAGAGCAGGGGCAGAGUCAGGGUGCAGAAGGAAAUUGAAAGCAGAGACAUGACGCAGAACCACCACCAACUUGUGAAAAUUUAUUGGUAUCUCACUGAAAGUAGCUUUAAAGAGUGCGAGAAAGAAAGGAGAAGAGCACCUGGCUCCAAGAAAGCUCCCAAAGUAAUAGCUGAAUACUCCCCAAAACUUCUGCUGGUCUCCCCUGUAAACACCACCAAAAGUCCAAGUGAUCCCUCCCGGAUCUCCCCUGCCAACAACAACAAACGGAAAGCCAAAGGAAAACCCAAAUCAAGCACCAUGGAAAGAGGUAACAGCCAAGCCCCAAAUAGAGCUCGAGAUGAGAAUAGAAAUACCUUGGCAGCAUCAAGAAGCAGAGGUGAACGCCCUUUCCUCUCAUCCAAUGGAGGCAGAGGCAUAUCAAUGAUGCUGGGGAAGAUGCUCACCGAGAACAGAGUGGCACUAGCAAAGGCGGCAGGGGCGGCUCGCUACGCUUGGGGAGGAUAUGGAGAGGUGAACGUACAACCAACGGAGACGCAGAACCUCUUCAUAUUCACCUUCAACAAUGAGGCGAUCAGGGAGAAGAUAUGGAGGGACAGGCCAUGGAGCCUAUCGAAUACUACAACGGCUAUCGAGAAGUAUAACGGAAGAGGGAAACCAGAAGAAGUCCCCAUUGACAAGGUAGCAAUGUGGGUACAGAUUCAUGGCAUACAUCAAAACCAGAGAAACGAGGAAAACAUGGUGGCGAUUGGGAAUCAUUACUUCCCUGGGAUGCUCGAUCUGGACAGAGCAAGCUUGGCAUUCACCGGGUAUAGGAAGUUCCUGAGAAUCCUGGUGGAGGUCGACAUUGAAGAUCCAAUCCCGACUGGCUUCGACUUCCCUUUCACAGACGAAACCACGGGAGACGAGCACUGCGACAUCAUCGAGUUCAAGUACGAGAGGUUAGUGGAGUUAUGCUAUUUCUGUGGAAGGAUUGGCCACAAUUGGCCGACCUGUUGGAGGAUGAACGAGGAAAGGAAGAAGAAUGGAGUCGCGUACCUGUCGGAAGUCUACAACUCGUCUCUCAAAGCGGGAAUCGAUUCACCCCACAGGCAUCAAUCGACCAAUAAUAGAAGCAGCAGGGAGGGGGAAGGCUCGCAGAGCUACUCGACAGGAAGGGAGAAGGCAAGCUCGGGAGGACAGAGUAGGUGGGAAGGGGCAGAAGGGAAAGAAUCGACGGGGCCAGAUGGCAGAAUCUCAGAAGGGGAUUUUCAAAUCCCUCCUGGAUUUACGGUGAGAAGAAUCGAAGAGCCGGUUCAAUACGAGGAGGAUCAUGGCGCGAGGGGGAGGUGGAGAGGCAGAUACAGAGAUGGAAUGGGGGCGACGAACCUGAGUUUGGAGAUGGAGAGGGCGGCGGCGGCAAUGGAGGCAGGGCUCCAAUUGGAAGAGGUGAGGGCCGACCGGAGUUUUGGGCGGAACCCAGGGAUGGUUGAGACCACCUUGUCUCUAGGGCCAACCCAACCAACCAAUCCAGGCCAAUGUCCAGCUCAAGCAGGCCCAAUUGAGGUGGAUGAUUAUCAACAUACCCAAGAUGGAAGAGAAGAAGAGCUGGGCCGAAAACAAAAGAAGAGGAAGGGUAUGGGCCUGUUGUGUGGCCUCAGGCCCAAUUCCGAGUGUAGGGAGAAAGAAGCAGCCUUUGAUGGGCCAGUGGGGGAAUUUGAAAUGGGUGGGCUGGGAGUUGGGCCCAGAAGGAAGAAUAUGAAGUUUAAGGCUGGGAAAAAUAAUACCUCCAUGGGAAAUCAGGCAGAAAGCGAGCAGGAGGGCCGAGGAAAGAAUAAGGCAGCGGUGGUUCGCCAGAAGCCACCUCUUCAAGAAUGAGUAUGGUAAGUUGGAACUGUAGGGGUUUUGGCCCAACCCUUACAAGAAGUUAUGCGAAACGUCUGUGUAGACGUUUAGGCCCUUCGAUUGUCUUCCUCAUGGAAACGAGCAAAAAUGAAGCAUUCAUGGAGGAGCAAAGAAGAAGUCUCAAAAUUUUCCCCAACAAAGAGUAUGUUGAACC